CUGCUGUGGCGACUGAACAGUGACAACAAUGGAGUGGAGAGUUGUGUGGUUGUGUUUCUUCGCUUUGGCUGUUACUGAAGUCACUGAAAUCCAGACCAGACUGGUUCGUAACCAUGUCAGCAGCAUCUGCAGCACAUGGGGCAGAUACCACUUCAAGACGUUUGACGGCGAUAUAUACCACUUUCCCGGCAUGUGCGAGUACGACCUGGUCUCCAACUGCCAUGAGACCUACCAGGAGUUCUCAGUGCACAUGAAGAGGGACGACAGCGGCGGAUACCCAACGGUCAGCUACGUGGAGGUCACCGUCAACAACCUCGUCUUUCACAUCAGCAAGAGUGUGGUCACUGUGAAUGAUGAGAAUGUUACACUGCCACUCAUACGUUUAGGUGUACAAGUGGAACAAAAUGCUGCUUACAUCAAACUGGAGUCCAAAGUCGGCGUCACCGUCAUGUGGAACGGCGACGACGCCGUCAUGGUGGAAAUUGAUGAGGACUAUGCUAACCGUACUUGUGGACUUUGUGGAGAUUUCAACGGCGUUCCGAUGUACAAUGAAUUCUUCUCUCAUGAUCUCAAAAUCAGCCCAAUUGAGUUCGGCAACAAACACAAAGUCCAUCUUCCCAAUGAUGACUGCGAGGACCCUUAUGAAGAGGAGGACUCGUCAGAGCACGUGGCUUUGCCAGAUUCAUGCAAGGAAUUUCAAACCUUAUGUGACCAGAUGCUGCGUUCAGAGUCCUGGAGCCCCUGCACCGCCCUGAUAAAGCCUGAACCGUACAUCCAGGCCUGCGCGCAGGACAUGUGCGGCUGCAGCAACAUAACAAACGAUUUCUGUGUCUGCAGCACGCUGUCUGAGUUCUCUCGCCAGUGUUCCCACGCAGGAGGGCGUCCGCCCAGCUGGAGGACACCUCAGUUCUGUGCUAAACAGUGUCCCUACAACAUGGUUUAUGAGGAGAGUGGUUCCCCCUGCAUGGACACCUGCACACAUCAAGACACAAGUUCACUGUGUGAGGAUCACAGAAUGGACGGCUGCUUCUGCCCUAAUGGGACUGUAUUUGACGAUGUCUCCUCGAGGGGGUGCAUACCUCAGUCUGAGUGUCAGUGCAAACGUGACAAAAUUUACAACUCCAGCGAGAUUUACAAGCAGAACCAGGAGGAAUGUACUUGUCUCGAGGGCAGAUGGAACUGUACUCAUCUUCCAACGCCUGCUUUGUGCUCGGUUGAAGAGGGCUCACAUGUAACCACAUUUGAUGGGAAAAUUUACACUUUUCAUGGAGAGUGUUACUACACACUGGCCAAAGUAGAGAGCAAGGAUGAGUCAAGUCCAAAAUUUACCAUUCUGGCCCAGCUGAUGCCGUGUGCACACCAAGAGUUUGACACAUGUCUGAAGACAGUUAAACUCCUGCUCAACAAUGAUAUAAACAAUGUGUUAAUGUUCACGGCUGAUGGCGCAAUAAAGCAGAAUACGCAGACCCUCACUCUGCCGUACCGCACAGGAGACAUCAGCAUUUUCCACGCCUCAUCCUUCCACACCUUGCUCCAGACCACUUUUGGGUUACAAAUUCACAUUCAGCACGUUCCCAUCAUGCAAGUCUACAUCAAGCUGGAGCCAAGCUACAGACAAAAGACACAAGGUUUAUGUGGGAACUACAACAUGAAGCUGUCUGAUGAUUUGAGGACCCCUCAGGGGAUUGGAGAAGGAACUGCCGCAACUUUCACAAACUCCUGGAAGGUGAACCAUGUGUGCCCCGACAUAGAGGACAGACUUGAAGAUCCCUGCUCCUUCAGUGUGGAAAAUGAGCGGUACGCCAAACACUGGUGUGCUUUGCUGCUGAGCCCAAACAGUACAUUUGCUCAGUGCCGUUCAGCAGUGGAUCCGGAGAUUUACCACAAGCGCUGUACUUACGCCAGCUGUAACUGUGAAAAGAGUGAGGCCUGCCUGUGUGCUGUUUUCUCCUCUUAUGCACAAGCCUGUGCGUCAAAGGGAGUGAUGCUGCCCGAGUGGAGCGAGACUGUGUGUGAUAAAUACAUGAAGAGCUGCCCAGCCUCUCAGGUCUUCUCCUACAACCAUCAGAGAUGCCAGCUGAGCUGCAGGUCUCUGGGCUCAAACCAGCAGAGCUGCAUCUCGGACUUCCCUCCGGUGGACGGCUGCUCCUGUGCUGAGGGCUUCUACUCAGAUGACAGUGGCGUCUGUGUACCCGCGGCAAAAUGUCCCUGUUACCAUAACGACGUCUGCGUCAAACCCGGGAAGUCUGUCAACAUCAACGACGAGCACUGUGUCUGCACCAAUGGGGCACUUCAUUGCCAUUCUCAGACAAAGCAGAUGCAUAUGUGCCACUCUCCAAUGGUAUACUUCAACUGCUCUACUGCAGCAGCAGGAGAGUGUGGUCUGAAUUGUGCUCCAAGGUGUUCAAAUGUGCACAGCGAUGACUGUGACUCCACGGAGUGCAAAUCUGGUUGCGUUUGUCCUGACGGACUCCAUGAAGAUGGUAAAGGUUCCUGUGUGAUGAAACAUGAAUGUCCGUGUGAGCAUGGUGGUCACCUUUUUGCUCAUAAAACUCAAAUUGCUGACAAGUGCAACACAUGUACAUGUGAAAGUGGGAAAUGGAACUGUACCGAGAAGAAAUGCCAAUCAACUUGUGUUAUUUAUGGAAGCGGCCACUACUCUACUUUUGAUGAGCAAACUUACAGGUUUCAAGGAAGUUGCGCCUACUUUGCUGUUCAGAACAAAUGCGGCAAAGACAAACCUGAGCAAUACUUUGCCAUUAUCACAGAAAAUGUCCCAUGUGGAUCUACGGGCACCACGUGCUUCAAAACAGUCCGGAUCCAGCUUGGGAGAAAUGAAAUUAAACUCUCAAAGGGCAAGUAUGAGGUACAGGACCUGGGACAAGGCCCCGAGCUUCACUACAGGGUAAAAAGCGCUGGGUUGUAUUUGAUCAUUGAAUCUGACAUCGGCUUGGCUGUUUUAUGGGAUCGUAGAACAACCGUACGCAUCCUCUUGGAACCACACCACAGUGAACUGGUGUGUGGGCUAUGUGGGAAUUUCGACGGUGAUGGACAGAAUGACUUUGCCAUCCAAGGUAACAUGAUGGCAAAAAACUCGUUGGAAUUUGCUAACAGCUGGAAAUUGCGGAGUACAUGUCCAGAUGUGGAGGCAAAUGUCAACCCCUGUGAAGUAAAACCCAAUCGACAUCUCUGGGCUAAAGUGACAUGCAGCAUUAUAACCUCAGAGACGUUCAAAGAGUGCCGCAAAAAGGUAACUGUGAGAAUGAUGUUUUGACGUAAAACCCCUACAUAGACCUUUAAACAUAUGUUAUCCUUUCU